GAUCUUUGAGGAAUCUGUAAGUUACUAUGUUGCACUUGAACUCAAAAUUGUCUUUUCAGUAUAAAUCAGUCUUGUGCAUCCUGAAGCAAGAUUGCCAGAAGAUCCUGGUGAUAGAGAGGCUGGUGAUGUGCACAGUUUCAUACUUUAUAUACCAGUCAGACUGGCAGAGGGGUACCAUCUGCAAUAGUUUCCACUAUGAAAAACUAUUUUCUAGGUGACAGUAACUGCUUAAUGUAAGGCUAUUUGCUGACCCAAACUGCUGUAGAGGAACAGUAGCUGUCACUGCUAGUUGCAAUAGUGCAAGCUGCAGAAGAGGCCUCAAUGUGGCCAUGCAGCAUCUGUGUGAGAAGCGAGGUAAACUAUUUAUGCUGAUGCUGUACUGUUUUGGCUGGAUCAAACAGUGCUGCUCUUCAGACAUGCCCUGAGGAAAAAUGAACUACAUGAAAGUCACUCUUAAUCAGCCUCAGCUGAUUACCCUGUGUUGAGUAAGCACUGCAGAACCAAGGUGAUUAUGACAAAUCAUACACUGGCUGCAGUGGGCACACAGCCCUGCUGAGGGUGUGUGGUGUGGUCAGGUUUGGUUUUACUACUUAGGCAAAACUGGGUCUGCAGAACUUGGCUGGUUGUAUCCAAUACACUAGAAGCUAUCGAUUGCUGUGGUUUAGUGUCUGAGACAUCAGGAAACAAACUUAGUCUCUGGCUUGAGCUGUCUUGGAGUUUGAAGAUGCAUCAAGACUGAUAGUGAUCUUCCUGAAGAAGAGUACAGCCUGAAUUAUUGGCCAUGUCUAUCACAGAUCACAGCCCCACUACUGGAGUGGUGACUGUCAUUGUUAUCCUGAUCGCUAUUGCGGCUCUGGGAGCCCUGAUCCUGGGCUGUUGGUGCUACCUGCGGCUGCAGAAGCUCAGCCAGUCUGAGGAUGAGGAAAGCAUUGUGGGUGAGGGAGAAACCAAAGAGCCCUUUCUGCUGGUGCAGUACUCUGCUAAAGGACCCUGUGUGGAGAGGAAAGCGAAGCUAACUCCGAACGGCCCAGAAGUACACAGCUAACUCGGAGCAGCACGUGCAGGUGGACUAUGCUCAUGGCAUGUGUAACCAGCAGAAGCAUCUCAAUACUGUGAAGAACCUGGUCAUGUGCGCACUGCUCAUCAGAAAACACCCUGAUGAGAAUUAAAUAAGCUUUGUUUGCAGCUUAUGCAGCAUGCACUGAGAAGUUGCACUUUGCACUGACUGUGUAUCCUAAUUCCUCUAUGGCAGGAGCUGACUCGCCUGGUGUAAUGUCCAUUGCUGGCAAUGGGCACAGGGAUAUACUGGUGUGAAGAGACCACUACUGUUUUUUGUCACGUGAAUGUUUAGCUGAGCAUCCUUUUGAUGGAGCUGCUGUAAUGUGAACUACUUUACAACUGUGAACUGUAAAUAGGCUGCCAGAAACUCCUUGCUUUGUGUUCUAUAGCACAUGGGAAUAUGAUACAACUGUAUAUAAUAUACAGGGGGCCUCCUGAAACACUACCAAGGAUGGGGCUCCAGACCUUCAAAACCAAACCUGCAGUUAAAGCUUGCCUCUGCUACUAGGUUGAGUGUGGACCAUUAAGUCAGAACUCCUUUGAAUGGUUUAUUGGACUGAUGCAGAGUACUUCAUUUGAAGAGAUAUAUGCCUUCAGUAAUAUGCUGAAGAAGGAGACACAGGAGCUGCAAGAAAAGAAGAGUUCCUUUAGCUGCAGCUAUGUUGGUUAAGCUUUUGGCUGCUAGAACUGAGUUCUUUAUGUAGCUACUGCAAGGAAACUGCCAUUUUGAUGGGUUCCAACCUGGGAACUUAUGAUGGAUACUAAACCCUCAGGGAAAGUCCAGAAGGUUUCCAGGUGUUUGAAAUGGCAGUAGAGCAGGCUUCUCUCUUCCAUAGGUCUGUGUGCUGAAACUGUAGAAGUGGUUACCUAGCAAAACUGGCUUAAGUGCAAGGAGUAUGAAUUCUUCCCAGAACCUUGGUUUGUGUACUUAGGGUGUAUGUUAUCAGCAUGUCACAAAAAGGCAUUUUACUCUACAGCCAGCCAACUCUAGAAUUCAGUUAAUGUAUCUUGUAUAUAACUUUUGAUUGAACUGUGCUACAACAGGAGAAGUUUCAGUCUUUUCUACUGUUGAUAGGAGCAAGGAUUAUUGCUGGUCAGUUUGUAGAAGUUUUUAGCUAGCAAUGGCCAAGUUCUUCCGGAUAACAUACAUUUCCUGCUCUGUGCUGGAGUUCAGCUAUAGGAACUGUAAGAAGGUGUUAAAUAGGAAGUUCUGGACUGCAAAGGUUUAGGGGAAGAGGAACAACACUGAGCAGCCAAUGCCAGCUUAUAUACUCUAAAACUUUUCAUGUAGGCACACAUGCUUAGAGGUCACUGGCCUGUUUUCUAUUACUUUAUACAUGGCCUCCUUUGCAUACUGAUAUUUUUAAACACUUAAUUGCCUAGCCUUAAUUCAGCUCCAGAGGAAGCAUUAGACUUGUUUCUUGUACCUGUACAUACAGAAUAACUUAAAGCCUAGCAAGCUUGCUUGAGAAUUUCAACUAUAUGCAAGACAAGAAUGGCCUAGGCAAAAAGUUGUCCCCUUCUUCUACACUAAGAUGUUGAAUUGUUUUGUUAGUGCUACAUUUGCCUUUUUAAAAUUGAAAGCUGUAAUUUGAAGCAAAAAAAAAAUUGUCAGUAGCAAAAAGCUCCUGCUGUUGCUUCUUGAGUACAAUAUAUGGGGUACAGCUGAUAAUGUUCUUACCCUGACACAUGCUUUUUAAGACACUGCAUGUAUGGUCAAACCUGUACACUUAAAUUGCUGCAUUAGAGACCUCUUAAAAGCAAAGCAAAAAGGAUUAAUUCAAUAAGACUUCCUCUAGUUUUCAGUAGAGAACAGCUCACAUGUGGUUGCCAGGCAGUAAGAAUACCAGUAUACAAAAGGGAUACAAAGUGCUGAAGUUCUAGAACAGAACAGUUGCAGCAAGAUGACUUUGUCCAUUCAAGUUUACUGAUUACACAGAUGAAGUAUCUAUUUUAAUUCAGCAAAGAGAAUGCAGUGUAAAGGGCAAACUUCAGAAAUUAUGGAAACGUAUAAAUCUAAGAUCUGAUUCCCCUUCUAGCAGCUGUAAGAGAAAGCCAGUGAAAACUAACUGGUCCCUAUUCAGAGGUGCUGCAUACUGCUGCCCCUACAAACCAUUAUCUUUCAUUUAAAUGGAUAGAUGAUUCCAAGUUAGUGCAAUAGUAAAGUGCAGAAAGUGUUUUCCGUUCUCCUCUUCUCUUAAGAUGGGGUUAUCUAAUAAGUUGUUCAAGUAUACAAAAAUAUUCCAUUUGAUUUUUCUUUUUCUAGAUCAUGUGGGGGAAGAAGUCUUUAUUUACAAUGAAUGUCAAUAAAAUUUGCAUAAAUACCUACCCAA